AUGUCCGGUACAUCUUUUCCACAUUUUCAGUCGUCCCCUUCCGAUGCUUACGAGUUCUUUGUGUUUCAGGAACCAGCAGAACACACCAAAGACACAGCGCGCGUUGUUGCUGGCUUGAAAGCGGCUGUCCACAACCCUAAUGUAUCGGAAGAGGCCAAGGAGAACGCCAUGAAACGUCUUGAAGAGAUGGGUCAAGUCAGCAGAACCCAUCACGCCAACGCAGACAAAGGCUACUCAGCACAUGAGAAGCAUGUUCUUCGGGGCUAUAAAGCAGCAACUUCUAAUCCCAAUGUAUCCGAGGAAGCCAAGCAACACGCCAGAGAAGUGUUGGAGGCUGCUGGUAUCCAGCACAAGCUUGAUGCACAUUCAGAAGAGGAACACCAGCAUCGUGUCAUUGCUGGAUACAAGGCGGCCAUUCAUAAUCCAAAUGUUUCAGCUGCAGCCAAGCAGCAUGCCAGAGAGUUUCUUGCAGACAGUGGGGUUACCAAUCUGGAUUGA